UGGAGCCAGGACUUGGGGAAUCUCUUCAAAAGCCAGUGGGCUAGGGAGGCAGUGGAUCCCAAGUUCAGACCAGUUUAACCCAACCAGCCUGAGAAAAUGUUCCGACUUUUCAGCCACACAAAGCAUUGCUUUCAGGUGAAACAGGUGUUGCAGAGACCCCUUCGGCCCGUCCGUUUCCCAGCAGUUGUACAGCAAAACAGUUUCUCCACAGAUUCAGUGCAUCACCAGACCCAGACAUGGCCCAAGGAUGUGGGUAUACUUGCUCUUGAGGUAUAUUUCCCUUUCCAGUAUGUAGACCAAGUUGAGCUGGAGAAAUAUGAUGGUGUAGAGGCAGGGAAAUACACGCUGGGACUAGGCCAGAAGCAGAUGGGCUUUUGUGCUGCCCAUGAAGACAUCAAUUCCUUGUGCCUGACGGUGGUACAAAGGCUGGUAGAGAGAAGCCAACUGUCUUGGGACUCUAUUGGCCGUCUGGAGGUUGGCACAGAGACCAUAAUUGACAAAUCCAAAGCUGUCAAGACCGUUUUGAUGCAGCUCUUUGAGGAGUCGGGGAAUACAGAUGUUGAGGGCAUUGAUACAACCAACGCUUGCUAUGGAGGCACAGCCUCCCUCUUCAAUGCCGCUGACUGGGUGGAGUCCAGCUCCUGGGACGGACGCUAUGCCUUGGUGGUUUGUGGUGACAUUGCGGUCUAUGCCACUGGGAAUGCACGGCCAACAGGAGGAGCAGGUGCUGUCGCUAUGCUGGUUGGACCAGAUGCUCCUCUGGCUUUAGAGCGAGGUGUCCGUGGGACUCAUAUGGAACAUGUCUAUGACUUCUACAAACCAGACUUGGCUUCAGAGUAUCCUGUGGUAGAUGGACAGCUCUCCAUUCAGUGCUAUUUCCGUGCUCUGGAUCGCUGCUAUGCCACGUACCGCAAGAAGAUUGAAAGCCAGUGGCAGAAAGCUGGGAUAAACAAGCAUUGCACUCUUGAAGACUUCCAGUUCAUGAUCUUCCACACACCAUUUUGUAAACUGGUGCAGAAGUCCGUGGCACGGUUGCUGCUGAAUGAUUUCCUUGCAUCUUCCAGUGCCAACACGGAAAGUGGAAUCUACAAGGGACUGAAGGAAUUCAGCAAUGUGAAGCUGGAAGAGACCUACUCCAACAAAGAGGUGGACAAAGCAUUUCAGAAGGCAAGCCAGGAGCUGUUCAAACAGAAAACCCAGCCAUCCUUAUUCCUCUCUGCACGCAAUGGAAACAUGUACACACCAUCAGUAUAUGGUUGCCUUGCAUCUCUCCUGGGACAGUACUCUGCCCAACAGCUGGCCGGCAGUAGAAUCGGAGUUUUCUCUUAUGGCUCAGGACUAGCAGCCAGCAUGUUUUCCCUGAAAGCAUCCCAGAAUUGUGCUCCAGGUUCCCCUCUGGAAAAAUUGGUAUCUAGUCUUUCAGACUUGCAGGCCCGCUUGGAGUCUCGGAAAUGCAUUGCUCCAGAGAAGUUUGCUGAGAUCAUGAAAAUCAGAGAGGACACUCAUCAUUUGGUGGAUCAUACUCCCCAUGGCUCCAAGGAUGACCUCUUCCCAGGAACUUGGUACUUGGAGCGAGUGGAUGACAAGAACCGCCGGAAGUAUGCAAGGAAACCCAUCUAGGAGAGGAAAAAAAAAACAUUAUCAGGGCUUUCCUGAGUCUUGCCGAUAUAUGGAGAGAGCCUGAGGUGACAACUAACAUAACACAGCAAAGCAGCGCUUGGGUCCUGCACUUCUGAAGAUGCCUACCGGGUUCCCAACAUUCAGCACCAUUUUGUAUCUGCAUUUUCUAACAUGAAGCUCUUUUAUGUCUAGCUUUCCAUCUUUGGGCUUAUGUGACGAAUGGAUUUGCAUCUUCUGCCUGCUGUGACUGUUGGGUGUCCACAGUUUGCUUUACUGGUGGCACCUGCUUCUUCCCUUAGCAUCUUUUCACUCUGUACUCUUCACUGGUUUACUUGAGUGUAACAGUAUUUUUGUUUGGCUGGCAACAAGAUGUAACCUGAAGAGUUGACAGCUCCUGGCAAGGGAGAACCUGCAGCUGCAGAACCCUUGAAAAUGCCCUACAGCUCGUCGUUCCUUGUUCAGCUCAAUUCUCAAAAUAUUGUUCCCCGACCUAGUUCUAAACAACAUUUGAUUUUUGUACAGUUUGGAUGUUUGUUGCAAUUUAUGAAUAAUCCCCAACUAGCCUAGAAAUAUAGCUGAAGGGCUGUAUAAAAAUAAGUAUAACAAAUAAAGGAAUAAAACAAAACUCUCCCUCAUA